GGUUAGCCUGCCAGCUAGCCGUCGGUCCGAUAAUCGGCCGAGUGCGUUUCUUGAAUGCGGCACUUUGUGUGUGCUACUCAGUCGGGUGACACUGAAUUUUGCCUGCCAUGACGACGCAGCCACAGAUGCAUACUCAAGCAGGCCGUUGUUAUGGCGAUGUCAAAUGCAAAAGUGUGAUUCCCAGCUCUUGUAAUGGCCACCUCAGGCUAUGUAGGUGAGAUCCAGCCGGCAGCCCAAACCCAGGGGGCUGCUGUUACCGUCACGCCAGGCCAACCUGAGGCCAGUUCCACCCCUGCAGCCGCCCCUCAGUUUCUGGCUGAGAUUCAGACCACUGUGGCCACCCCCACUGUCGUCACACCCACAGGUCAAACUACUCCCACCGAACAAGCCCCCUCCAUCACCCCCCAGAAGCCUGCAGCUGGAAGCCAGGCCCAGUCCACAGCGCAGGCCCCGCCGGCACAGACGCAGUAUGUGACGGCGGAGAUCCAGGGCUCCCCGACACAGUCUGGAAAUGCUCAAAGCACUCCUCAGUACAUCGUUGUUACCGUCACCGAGGGUUCCCUUCACUCCAGUGACAGCGUGUCGGACUCCAGCCCCCCUCCAGCUGUGGUGCAGACAGGAGUUCCCACCCAGGUUGUUCAGCAGGUACAGACAGCUCAGCAGCAGAGGUCCGUGGUACAGGCCACCUCCCAGAUAGCCAAGACCGAGCCAGGCACACAGCUGAGUGUCACCAGUCUACAGCCCGUUCAUAUCACCCAGGAGGUCCAGCAGCAGCUCACAUCAGUGCCAGUGCAACAUGUGUACACCAAUCAAGUGCAGUAUGUGGAAGGAGGAGACACCAACUACACCACCAGCACCAUCCGUUCCAGCACCUUCCCUUACACUGACACCCCCCUGUACACCCAGACCACAGCUGCCCCGUAUUACGAAGGUCAGCCCACUUCAGGCACACAGGCCUCCACCCCCGGCACACCUCUCACCGUCUCCGUGACCGCUGGCACUACAGGGGGCGUGUCCAUGUUUGUGGCACAGCCCACUAGUGCGGCGGGGGGCGGAGCCACCGUGGUGGCGGCAGGUGGCACCACCAACGGGGCAGGGGAUGGGGCAGGCACCAACGGUGGCGCAGCGGGCAGCUAUGUGAUCCAGGGGGGUUACAUGCUGGGCAGCAGCAGCAGUGGAGGGGCAGCUGGCAACAGUCAGAACUACUCACAUACCGCCACCGCCCGCGCCUCCCCAGCCACUGUGAGUAUUACAGAGGGCGAGGAGAGUAGCGUGCCGUCGGCAGACAAGAAGGUACAGUGGUUGCUGGACAACUAUGAGACAGCUGAAGGUGUGAGUCUGCCUCGUUCCACCCUCUACUGCCACUACCUGCUGCACUGCCAGGAGCAGAAACUAGAGCCUGUGAACGCUGCGUCUUUUGGGAAGCUCAUUAGAUCUGUGUUCAUGGGGCUACGCACAAGACGUCUGGGUACACGGGGUAAUUCUAAAUACCACUACUAUGGGCUGAGAAUCAAGGCAGGCUCGUCCCUCCUCCGUCUGAUGGAAGAUCAGCAACAUCUGGCCAUGAGGCAACAGCCGUUCUCACAGAAACAGAGGUUGAAGCCUGUGCAUAAAGUGGAAGGAAUGACCAACGGCACGGCGGCAGGAGCAGGCCAGCAGCAGCAGCAGCAGCAGGGGUCCGGACACGUGGACAUCAGCACCCAGGUUCAGCAGUACCAGCAGUUCCUGGAUGCAUCCAGAGCUCUGCCGGACUUCCCAGACAUCGACCUCCAGGGGAAGUCUCUGCCAGAGGGCAUCGAGCUGGAGCACAUAAAGAGCUUUCAGCUGCUGUACAGAGAACACUGUGAGGCCAUACUGGACGUGAUGGUCAACCUGCAGUUCACCCUGGUGGAGACUCUGUGGAAGACCUUCUGGAGGUUCAGCCAAAGUCAGGCUGGAGAUGCUACGCUGGCUGUUCAUGAUGAGUCAGAGAAGCGGCUCCCAAAGUCCUGCCUGGUGUUGCUGUGCAAGUAUGAUCCGGUGCUGCGCUGGAGCCGAGACUGUGACAACAGCCUGUACCAGACCCUGGUGGAGAUCCUGAUCCCUGAUGUCCUCAGACCCAUCCCCAGUGCCUUAACUCAAGCCAUCCGCAACUUUGCCAAGAGCCUGGAGAGCUGGCUGACCAACGCCAUGAUGAACAUCCCUGAGGAAAUGGUUCGCAUCAAGGUGACGUCAGCCAAUGCUUUUGCCCAGACGCUGCGUCGCUACACCAGUCUGAACCAUCUGGCCCAGGCCGCCCGUGCCGUCCUCCAGAACACGGCCCAGAUCAACCAGAUGCUCUCAGACCUCAACCGGGUCGACUUUGCUAACGUCCAGGAGCAGGCUUCGUGGGUGUGCAGGUGUGAAGACCGUGUGGUCCAGCGGCUGGAGCAGGACUUCAAGCUGACCCUGCAGCAGCAGAACUCCCUGGAGCAGUGGGCGGCCUGGCUGGACGGUGUGGUCUCCCAGGUCCUGAAGCCCUACCAGCACAGCCCCGCCUUCCCCAAGGCCGCCAAGCUCUUCCUGCUCAAGUGGUCCUUCUACAGCUCCAUGGUGAUCAGAGACCUGACCCUGAGGAGUGCAGCCAGUUUCGGAUCCUUCCACCUGAUCCGCCUGCUGUACGACGAGUACAUGUACUACCUUAUAGAGCACCGAGUGGCCCAGGCCAAAGGAGAGACCCCUAUCGCUGUCAUGGGAGAGUUUGCCAGUUUAGGCCGAGGUCUGAACCAGCUGGAUCCUGACAAAGAGGAGGAAGAGGAGGAGGAGGAGGAGAGCGAUGAAGAAGGCCAGGAGCUGACCCUGCCCUCAGAUGGUCCCGUCCUGGGAGACGAGUCUCUGGAGCCGCCUGCCAAGCUGGCCAGAACUGACCAGAGAGUCCUGUUCACCACCGGCUCAGCUGACAACUAGACACACACACACACACAGAUGUACAAAGAACACUAAUUUAUACACCUGACAUGUAUAUAGCUCGCUAGCUGCGUGCACACUCUUGCGGUUUUGAUUGUGUGUGUUGUUCAGGCACACAAACACACAAUCAAAGCAGCUGGUCGGUAUCUGCUGCUGCCUCCUGAACAUCCACCAUCACUGGAGGUGGCUCAGACCAGAGAAACACGGAGCGUUUUAUCCUUCAGUCCUAUGAAUCUGUACAAACCAACUACAGCUGGGCAUGUUUUCAGUCCUGCCAUCGCCUCGCUGAGACGCUUCUGCUCACCUUAGAUCCUCCUCCACCGUCACUGCCGUGUCCAAGUGGUCUUUAGAAUACCGUGAAGUGUGUAAAGGUAACUUCUACAGGAGGAGGAAACGGCUGCUGAACACUAUGAGAAGCAGGCGGCCGGGGUUUUUAGUGGGUUUGUGAGUGGGUUUUUGUCUGCUUGUGCGAGCGCUGUGGCUCUGCUGGUGUUUCUGGAGGCUUGUUGUGUGUCUGGUUGUGUGAUUGUAAGUCAUGCCAAGUGUUGACUGUUCUGUAGAUAUUUUCUAAUUCCUGAUUUGGGAGGCGCGUGUAGAAUUCCCGUUUGUUUUGUUCGCCUGUAAAAGAGCCGUUGUUGUGUUCUUGGAGUGCCUGUCGCAGCUGCUACACAUCUGUACAGAUACAGCUGUGGAAUAAGGACUCCUGUUAGUUGCUGCAAAAAAUCCUCUCUCCUUUACUGAACACCGGGUUCCAGAGAGAGGUGCUGUUUGUGUCAUAUUUCUGUUCAAAGUGAUUCAAUCCUUUCCAUCUCUAAGUUCUUCUGUGGCCUCAUUUCCUUUCACGUUAUUUCCUUGCCUUAUUUCCGUCUUUUUUCCAUGUUUGUGCCAAACCUGUUUGCUUUGACCCUGAUCCUGUUGUUUUUAAUUCUGUUUUAAGGAGGACUGUGCCUGAGUAAGAACGCUGAUAUAUUCUACUGUAUAUUUAUCCACUAUUUUGAAUUUUGUUGUCACUAAGUGAACCUCUUGUGCAGUGUAUGGUGCUGUGUUGUCACACAUUGUAAGCAACCUCUGUGUGCAUUACUGAUUUGUGAUUGUACGUUUGGUUAUCAAUCCUGUAUCAUAUCUGAAGACCUUUCAACAAACAGGCUAAGGCCCUGCCUCUUUGCACAUGUUGACUAUUGUCUUUAAAACUCAGAGUAACCUGAAAUGUUUGGUUUUUUUUAUUUUCUUUGAAGUCUUCGGUGUUUCGAACGGUGAGGUGGAGGUGUCAGAUUUGUCAGCGCGGUUCAGAGAAUUUGAGCGCAGAGAUCUGACGGCUUUUUUCUGCACAGUCCUCCACCGACACUCUUCUCCCUCGUCUCGCUGCGUUCCCACCCUCCUGCCAACGGCUUCGUUUUGCUUCAAACAUCCAUCUUCUUAAACACUGUUGGUCAAAGACUGGUCGUCAUUUUUGAACUUUUCAAUACUUUAACCGGCUGCAGUGAGGCAGCCUCAAACCAGCACAUUAUCCUUUCUAUGGAGUCCACCACAGCUGAGUACAUAUCGCUCCAGUCUUUAAUGAUCUACAGCGUACAGAAUGGCCAUUGUUUACCCAGUAAAAAACAAAAAACGUUUAGUCAUUUUUAUAGUGCAUCGUUUCUUAUGUACAAAACAAAUUGAGAAAAAAAAAGAUGUUCGGUGGCAGUGUUUUAUGAAUUUGGUCUGCUAUAAGUAUGACUGUGCCUUUGGAGGUGGUAGAAUGCAAUUCAGAUGUUUUUAAUUUUAAAGAUAUAAAUUAAAGAAUUUUUAAAAUUGCA